GUAUGAUUGGAUGAAAAUAAAUAUCUUUGUAUAAUUGACUACUGGUGUGGCACUAUUGACGUUGACUGUUCUAGCCACGUCAUCAGAAACCCAGUACCGACAACAGGCGUGAUUGUGAACGUGUUCUUUAUCUUUUUCCGUACCCAAAAUAAUUUUUCCUCUGCGAUCAAAUUAUUCACUUUUUUGUUGUUUAUAUUAUCAGAAUAAUUUUCAGCCAUUUAUCCCCUGUUUUGUUUUCCAGAUGGCCUCCGGCGAAACAAGGUUCCCGGCAUCGGAACUGGCGUAUCCACCGCUGGUGAACCCGAUAGUAGUGAUAGGUCCGCAGUUCAUCGUGCCCCACCCCAUGGACCUGACGAUCUCGGAGAAGAUCUUGAAAAUCGGGGAGGGUAAUUUCGGUGUUACGGAUGUUAAAGGCAACCUACUCUUCAAGGUGAGAAACAAUGUGAUCAGCAUUCGUGAUCGCCGGACUUUGCUCGACUCUGCCGGCCACCCUCUCGUCUCUCUCAAACAGAAGAUACUGACUGCACAUAAGAGAUGGGAAGUUUUUAGAGGGGACAGCAACGAUCCUGGUGAUCUGAUUUUCAGCACUAAGAAAUCAUCAAUGCUCCAGGUCAGGACUGAAUUAGAUGUUUUCUUGGCUUCCAACACCAGCAAUGUUCCAGAUUUCAAGGUCAAAGCAAGCUGGAUUGAGAGAUCGGGCACGAUAUAUGCUGGAGAUAUUGUCAUUGGACAGAUGCAUAAGGAACACACUAUGCAAUCGAUCGUGUUUGAUGCAGAUAGUUUUGCCGUGACUGUAUACCCUAAUGUUGACCAUGCCUUCAUAAUUGCUCUUGUGGUGAUUCUUGAUGAGAUCAGUGAUGAUCACAGUGGAGAUAACUGAAUAAAUAAAAAUGUAUAUAUAUAGAUAAUGAUACGUAUACCCUGCAAAAUUACAUAUUUCAUUGCACACUGGUCGUUUACAUACUAACAAAAACUAUCAGUAUGUAAUAGAAAUUAUCAGUUUUAAUAGCAUAAAUAGCAAAAACUGUAAAUUUUAAUGGCACAAGUAAUGAAAACCAUUAGCGCGUAACAAAAUAUAUAAUUUUGCAGGAUAUAUGUAUCAUUUCAUAUAUAUAUAUAAACUUCCAUGACACACAUGUAUUUGCUUGUCUCCAAAGAAUGCUUAAUUGCUUAUGCUAAACUCAAUGUAUCUUAUGGCAUUUGACAUAUAAUAUAUGUCGAAGAAAUGAUUUCCUAUUCA